UGCAACCGCCGCUUUCCUUCCAACAAAACAAAAUUCAGAAAAUGGUUACAAGACAUUUUUUCGGCGCGAAGCUGUAGUGCAGCGGCAGAGAUCGUACCCAACCGAUUCCUGCAGCUUGAUUGAAGUUCUCAUCAAGUUGAGCUGUGGAAUUGGGAGAUUGACGCUAUAUUCGAUUGCUUUAUCCUAGGAUUUUAUGAGCGGUUAAUGGAAAGCAGCACCAUGGAUGGGGAUUGCGAUUGGAGGCUUCAAUCGGAUUGGUACUCUCCGAAUAGGCUCCACAGCAGUCCCGUGGAAUUUGAUUUUCCGGGAGAUCGGUUCAUUCCGAAUAGGAGCCUGAUGGAUCUCGAUCAAGCUCACGGGGAAUUGACAAACAGGACUGAUAACGGACUGCGCAAGACCAAGGUUGAAUACCGUCGACAAUUGGAAAAUUUGAGGCUGGAUGCCGAAGGGCGGCCAUUCCAAAUGCUGGUUUUCAGAGGUAGUCCUAAAUCGAGUAGGAAAACAGGGCGUCUAAUAGAUGAGAUGCGGCGCAGUGAUGAGGAAAUCCCGGCUUGUCGACCAUUGAUGCGUCAAUUCCCUAAGAGGGCAUGCCAUAUUUUGGAUGCACCCAACAUGAAGGAUGAUUAUUAUCUCAAUAUAAUGGAUUGGGGCAAAACCAACAUUCUUGCUGUGGCUUUGGGAGCAAAGGUUUACUUGUGGAAUGCCGAUACUUGUAAGAUUGAGUUGUUGUCGGACGUUGGGGAGGGCAAGUAUCCUGCCAGUGUGUCGUGGUCUGAAGAUUCGAAAAUGAUAGCAGUAGGAUACAGUUGUUCCAGAAUACAGAUAUUCGACGCCGAAUCUCUCAAACCUGUGAGAUGUCUUAAUGGUCACGAGAGAAGAGUUGGGUCCCUUGCUUGGAACGGGAACAUAUUGUCGUCUGGAAGCUGUGAUAGAGCUAUCGUUAAUCACGAUCUAAGAGCAAGAAGAAUGCUGUCCUGUAUCAAAGAGCACAAAGGAGAAGUCUGCGGAUUAAAGUGGUCGAUCACAGGCAACAAGCUGGCAAGCGGAGGAAACGACAAUGUAGUCUACUUAUGGGACGCGUGUAAAAUGAGCUCGAUGCACUAUACCUACCAGCUCGCCGAUCAUUGUGCAGCAGUUAAGGCCCUCGCGUGGUGCCCUCACGACUACAACGUGCUGGCCACCGGGGGAGGCUUGAAUGACGGAUCCAUCAGGACAUGGAACACGCAGAAUGGAGCUUGCAUCAACAACAUCGAUACCAGGGCGCAGGUUUGCGGGCUGCUCUGGAACAGACAUCAUAAAGAGAUACUAAGUGGCCAUGGCUACGGCGCGGAGCACAAGAAUCAAUUGUGCCUGUGGAAGUACCCUUCUAUGUCCGAGAUAGGCGAAUCGGUCACUCAUAGUUCAAGAAUCCUCCAUCUAACACAGAGCCCUGAUGGCCUAACUGCAGUCUCGGCCGGAGAAGAUGAGACGAUACGUUUCUGGGAAGUGUUUGGUCCAGCAUCCCAAGCUGAUUCCAAGACUUCAUAUUUGGAAGGACUCUUGUCUCUCAAAACAACACCACUUAGAUGAAAUGAUAAGAACAGAAUCUUGGCCUAUAUAUCAGAACAAGAAAUGAGGAUGAAAGUUGAAGUUGUUCAUACUAUUCAUUGAGGAAACAAACCUUCAUGAACUGAUAAAGGUCCCGGAUUUAGCUCUGCAUUUGUAGCGGGUUGAAUAUUGGCGAAGUCGAUAAGAGCUUUAAUCGAUGUAGAGUUGCUGAGGGGAGGAGAAGCAACAAUGGGAACAAGCUAGAAAAAUGGUGAUCUGAUCAUACUCGAAUAGUACAGUAAAAGCUCCUCAGAUAUCGAACUUUUAAUGAAAUUUCAAGAGUUUCUGCAAAUUGAGUUUUUGCUCACAAUAUUGAGAAUCGAUUAAGGCUGUAUUGUAUAUAGAUUGAUGAGGCUUUUGCAACCAAAGUUGAAGAUGAUAAACAACGUAUCGUUAAGGUUCUAAGCUUGAUAAUCAUUCAGUUCAUGUUAUAUUAUAGUAACAUAUUUCCUAGGCCAUAUAGUUCAUUUUGUUGUGACGGAUUAGGAUUAAUGAUCAAAUAACAAACAUAAAACGUAAAGAAAAUAUACAUUUACGUAGUUCACCAACAACGUGUUGGCUACGGACAUAAACGGAGAAGGCCAAGGCCAGGUUUAUUGACUUAUAAUCUCUAAUUCUAUUUAAAUAAACCAAAAGAAUACAUCAGACGGGUUCAACCCAAUACCAUCUCAAAAGUUCAAUACUACCGUUGGCUCCCUCAGACCCAGGCAAAGGUGACUUUGCCCCCUUGACCCCAUCUCGCUAACUGGGCAACGAUACCCAGCGAAGCUCAGCAAAAUAGCAAACUAAAUUAAAUACAUAUCAACACAUUUCAAGAACAGGAAAUAAGAACUAAUGGCCUAUA